GCGCCCCGCACCAACAUGGCCGCCACCUGCGUCGGCGCGGGCGUUGUGCGCCGGCCGUUGAUGAGCAUGCUCCCUGAGUGCCCCGCAUCAGCAUGGCGGCCGUCUUCGCGGGGGUGACAUCAAUUCCCUGUUUCCGGUAAUAGCCGGCCGGCUCUCGUUUCUUUUCUAAAAGCUCGGAGCCUACGGUGGAGCCGGGGCAAGAGAGGGGUGAAAGGGGAGAGGAGACCGCAGGUAUCGGGGUCAGCGGCUGGUUGGGAGAAGAUGGCCGAAGGCGAGCGGCAGCCAUCGCCAGAUUCUUCAGAGGAGACCACUCCUGCUACUCAGAACUUUAUCAUUCCAAAAAAGGAGAUCCACACAGUUCCAGACAUGGGGAAAUGGAAGCGUUCUCAGGCAUACGCUGACUACAUCGGAUUCAUCCUUACCCUCAACGAAGGUGUGAAGGGGAAGAAGCUGACCUUUGAGUACAGAGUCUCUGAGGCCAUUGAGAAGCUGGUGGCUCUUCUCAACACGCUGGACAGAUGGAUUGAUGAGACCCCUCCAGUGGACCAGCCCUCCCGUUUUGGGAACAAGGCCUAUAGGACGUGGUAUGCCAAACUUGACCAGGAAGCAGAGAACUUGGUGGCCACAGUGGUCCCCACCCACCUGGCAGCUGCCAUCCCUGAAGUGGCUGUCUACCUGAAGGAGGCGGUGGGGAACUCCACCCGCAUUGAUUAUGGCACAGGGCACGAGGCGGCCUUUGCUGCUUUCCUCUGCUGUCUCUGCAAGAUCGGGGUGCUCCGGGUGGACGACCAAGUGGCUAUUGUCUUCAAGGUGUUCAAUCGGUACCUUGAGGUUAUGCGGAAACUCCAGAAAACAUACAGGAUGGAACCUGCCGGCAGCCAGGGAGUGUGGGGCCUGGAUGAUUUCCAAUUUCUGCCCUUCAUCUGGGGCAGUUCACAGCUGAUAGACCACCCGCACCUGGAGCCCCGACACUUUGUGGAUGAGAAGGCCGUGACUGAGAACCACAAGGACUACAUGUUCCUGGAGUGCAUCCUAUUUAUCACUGAGAUGAAAACCGGCCCUUUUGCAGAGCACUCCAACCAACUGUGGAAUAUCAGUGCUGUCCCCUCCUGGGCCAAAGUGAAUCAGGGUCUCAUUCGGAUGUAUAAGGCUGAGUGCCUGGAGAAGUUUCCUGUGAUCCAGCACUUCAAGUUCGGGAGCCUGCUGCCCAUUCAUCCUGUCAAGUCUGGUUAGGAGGUGCUGAGCCACCAGAGCCACUAGACCAGGCUCCUGUGCCCUGUGCCCUCCCCAGCCCAGUGCCCCUCCUGCCCUCCCUCUGUUCUUUCUGUUUGAUGAGAGGCUGUUUACUAGGGUAGGUGAUGAGCAGGGGCUGAGGGCUCAGAGCAGAAGGCCGAAGGACCAAAGUGUGGCCAGUUUCUGACCGACCCAGUGGCAGGCAGACAAGAAGAGAGGGCCUGGGACCUGGUCCUUGGGCCCCUAUUCCUGUUGCUGGCCUCCCUGUACUCUCCUUUGCAGCCCUGGGUUGAGACCAGGGCUAAGGGGCACCAUGCUAUUUCAUUGCUUUCCUUUCCUUUCCCUUCCCGUGAUGCCUUGCUGUCAGUUGGAGCGUCUGUCCUCCAGGGCUGGUAUCUGCUAGAUGCCUCUGGUGGGGCUAGAGACCUUGGUGGAGAGGCCCUGUCUCUUCGACGGGCCUUUUGGGCCUUUUCAAGGUGGCUCCUGGGCCCAGGCAGCUGUGUCCAGAGCCUCAUCCUGACUUUGAUGCUCUCUGGCCCUUUGCGUUGGUAGAUUUCACUUCCACCUCCCCUAACUAUGAAAGUUGUCCUUUAGGUAGGUAGGCUCUGGGCUCCUGGGAGAGGCCUGUGUGGAUGAGGCCUGUUUUUCCAGAACUUUGCCUGGUAGGGAGGGAGCGAUAGUCUCAGGGAGGGGCCGGGGUUAUGUGUUCAGUGGAGAGCCUGGGUUACUUCUGGCAGUCUUAGGCUGGCUGCUGCUGCUACCUCCUCACUGCUGUUAGCUCCACCUGAGGUUCUUGGCCUGAUGCUCUACUCUCUUGGGUGGGUGAGGGUCCCUUGGGAGACCUAGAGGGCAGCAGCCUCACACUCCCUUCUCCCACCUCCCAUUACAGGACAAAGUUACUGGCCCCAGGCUUAUGAGCGUGGGCAGGGCUGCCAGGCAGGCCCACCAAGGGUGGGGGUGCUGACAGCAGCUCCCGUUUUCUGCCAGUCUAGUCCAGUGCCUACAGGCUUCCUGCCCUGCCUAGGCCUGCCCUUCUCCACUGCCCCUUCCUAUGUCCUGGUCCACACAGCCUUUGGGGAGGGGACACUGAGGAGCACAACCUGUGGGUUGGCCUGGGACCAGCAGUGGUCCGGCAGAGGCUAGGACAGAAGUCAUCAGAAUCGCAGACAGUUUCCCAGGAGAGGCCUCCCUCCCAGGGCCAGACCACCACUUUCCUGGCUCCGCCCACGCCUGCUCCUCCCCAAGGGCAGCCCCCAGCCCUGAACCUUCAUUGCUGUUUGGAUUAAAGCCUCUGUUUUGCACCUGUUGCCUGUGUGAGAUACAACUUUUUCUGACACAUUCCACAUCUGAAUGACUAUUUGUCCCCCAUGAGAUCCACUCAUUUUGGGCCACAGGUCUGGAGCUUGAGGUUGGUAUUUCUGUUUGGGUUGACUUUCCUGGGAGAGGGACAUGUGACAGGGCAGGCUUUGGAACAGAACUGUAGGUUCAAAUCUCUGCCAUCCCCACCCCAGCAGCAAGGUUGUGGGUAGGUUACUGAAUCUAUAAGAUGGACAGCAACUGUCAGGAGUGGGUGAUGGAGUGAAGUACUCAGCCCUAGCACCAAGCAGAUGCCACACUGUCACUGUGACUGGGGGGGGGUGUGCUGACAGUGGAACUCAGAGGCUAAGCACAAGCCACUUCCCAGCAUAUGUGGCUGCUUGUGAUGUAGGCAGCUCUUCUGGGCUCCUAGGUCAGUCAGGCGGAGGCUUGACACUGCAACAUGUGCCUGUGUUCUUCUGGAGUCCCUUCCUCCUCUACCCCUUCUGUUCCUGUUGUGCUCAGGUCAAGUCUCAGCUGCUGUGCUGUGGGACUCCUUAGACACUGGACACUCCUGUUUUGACUUCAGAAGCCCUCAGCCUUCUGGCCCUGGAGAGCUGGUACAGAGGUAUCACUUUAUCCUUUCCUGGUGGUCUAGAGUCUUGUCUCUGGAUUCAGGCACACCUGAAUUCAAACCCAAGUCCAGAUGCUAAUUAACUAGGAAACCCAUGAUACUUUAUCUCCCUGAGCCUCAGUUUCCUGAUGUGAAAAACAGGCAUAAUGAUACAUCAUUGGUCUAGAGGACUCGUUCAUGUCACAAAUGGUGGGUGUAUAUUCACGAGAGCCUUGAAUCAGAAGAUAGCAAUGUCUGUAAUGUGCAUAUUAUGAAGGAGACAACAGUAGGGAGCUUCCUGAGGUAGCAGAUCAAGAAGGACUGGAGAGCAGGACCAGGAAUAGAAACCCCGGCGGGGAGGCAGGGCCAUAGGUCUGCUACAGGCCAGGGCAGCACAGGGCCAGGGACUGGGAGCUGGGGGCCUCCUUGGUUUUGCUGAUGAGUUUGGAGAAUAGUCUUAGUUUUGUGUGUGAGAAGGGUUGUCAGGGUUGGAAGGGAAACAAAGCCAGGGCUCAGAGGCUCAAGACAAGCCCAAGUCAAGUGACGUGUUCUUCUUAAGUCCAACUAGCAUUAAGGACAUGUUAGUUAAAGGUCUUUAGGGCACUGGUGGCUCAGGCCUGUAAUCCUAGCUACUAAGGAGACAGAUCAGGAUAAUUGCGGUUCAAAGCCAGCCCAGGCAAAUAG